AUGGGGAGUCGUUUCUUCAUACGGAACUUUAUACUUUUUGGCCUUUUGGCCAGCAGCAAUAUGCAGAUACCAGUCGGAGAACUUGAGAACAACUUGGAUUUGGGUGUGCCCCACUUGCUAGAAGUGACCCAAUUUUUGGGAACGAUUCUUGGACUAGAGUCCGUUACGAUAUUUUCGGGCUGCAUCAACAUAAGUCACUCAAUCCAGCGGAGCCUUAUGGACAGAUAUAUACCCGUUAAUACGGUCGGAUCCAAUCUAGAGCGGGCUAAAUACCAUAAACUGGCUAAUGCAGAUAUACGGAUUGUUCUCUUUAGUGGCGUGGAUGAUCCAAUAUUCAAUACACUCAAUGCCACGGAAUCUCCAUAUUCAUAUAAUAUGUAUAUCCUUGUGUAUGUUUCACCAUAUACAAAUAAGUCCGUUGAAAUGGACUUUAUUGAUGAGGUAUUCGUACUACUCUGGAAUAUGUCGAUUGAUUGCACAUUUCUUAUGGUACGUGGCGAGUUCAAGAUGGAGAUAUGGAACUACUUUUAUUUGGAAAAAAUACAAAAAUUUAAAGUGCUUAGUUCCAACACGUUUUUGGAUAAUAUACGAAACUCCAACUUUAAGUUUGUCCUUCGCGUUAUGGAUGAUUCUCCAUCAUUAUUUUGGUACAACUCAUCGGAGCAAGCGGAUGUGACUGGCGGGGGCAACAUCAGUCUGUCCGGCCCCAUCGGUCUGUUGAUCAUCAACUUUAUGCGUCACAUAAAUAUGACGACGGAAAUUGUUCCGGUUUCAAUAAGGCAGACCUCCAAAAUUGAGAACUAUCAGCAGACAGAUAAUUGGAUAUCUGGCAAUGCGACAUAUAUGGUAGGCACUGCUAUCUUGAAACACAGAAACAGGGUGUUGCUUUCACGUAUCUGUCUAUUGGUCUCGAAUCACAGGAUGGUUCCUUUAAGCAGAUUCUUAGACAAGCUGAUUAGUCCAGGUGUUCAUAGGCUCACCUCUUUAUCGAGUAUUGGCAUAUUCGUGAUCAAGUACUUUUCGCACCGCCCUCGAUUGUUUUGGGUUGCCUUCUUUGGUACUUUACGAUUCUUUUUUGGUAUUCCGCUGCCCAACAAUGUUUUACAACGCUUACCCAUGGUGGAAAGGUGGAUAGAGGUCUUUAUAUUCCUUAUCGUGAAUAUCUUACUGGGUUCGAAUAUAUCCAUAACAAGCAGCGCUCUAACAACAGGUUUUUUUGAGGCACCAAUCAGAAAUGUCGAAUCCAUGAGGGCGAGUGGUCUGCAGAUUAUGACCGCAGAUCCGACAAUUCCACAGGCCUUCAAGGAAAAUAUUAUGCCCAGUUCACUGGCGGAUCUGGUGGUUCUUGUGGAUGAACCGACUUAUUUUCAUCACAUCACCACCUUGAACGACAGCUACGUGUACGUGAUGCAAUCUCACCAUUGGGAUGUCUUUCACCUAUAUCAACAGCAACUGACCAAACAGCCAUUCGAGAUUGGUGGCGAGGAACUGUGCUCCAAAUGGCGUAUCUUGGGCAUGCCCUUGAAUCCGACAACGCCUUUUAGGUUCAUAUUUAAGAACUUUUUCGAUAGGGUUGUAGAGUCUGGCCUGGAGCAAAUAUGGGUUCAAAAGAGCUUUAAAAAGUUUUGUGAUAUUCAUAGCUUAAACAAGCUGCCCGUGGACAUCCCUAUUUGGAAACCGCUGUCCAUUAAGUUUUUUUCAAAUUUCAUAAUGGCCUAUAUUUUGGGACUAGUGCUCGCCACAUUGACGUUCGUGGGUGAACUGGUCCAGAAUAGAUAUCGUCGUAGAAAUUAAAAAAAAAUUUUGUAUGUGAUGUUGAUGUGUGCAAUCAUGUAA